AUGGCUGUGGACUUCACAGAGGAGGAGUGGGCACUGCUGGAUUCUGAUCAGAAGGCAUUGUGCAGGGAAGUCAUGCUGCAGGUUUCUAAGAAUAUGGCCACUCUGGGUGAUGGUGAUGGUAAUGGAUUGGAGAAUGAGAAUGAAAAGCAGAUGAUGUCAUUGACAAUGUCUACAAAGAGCCAUUCUUUCUCUUUUACUUUACCUAAAAUAAUGGAUAGGAAACCACAAAGGUUUGCAAACUAUGAGAGGGAUUUCAGUCUAAGCAAAAAAAUGAAAGUAUGCAUGAAAUGUGGAAAGAGCUUCAGUAGCAAGAGUAAACUUAAUUGCCAUCAGAGAAUCCAAUCACAUGAGAGUCCAUUUAAAUGCAUAGAGUGUGGAAAGACAUUUACUCGGAAAGCCCAACUUACUCGUCAUGAAAGGAUCCACACAGGGGAGAGACCUUAUAAAUGCACAGAAUGUGGAAAAGCCUUCAAUACAAAGUAUAAUCUGAGUCGCCAUCAGCGGAGCCAAACAAGAGAAAAACCAUAUAAUUGCAAGGAGCGUGGAAAGAAAUUCACUGAGAGUAGUGAUACUACUUCCCAUCAAAUAAUCCACAUAGGAGACAAACCAUAUAAAUGCUUGGAGUGCGGAAAGAGCUUUAUUCAGAAAGGAAAACUUAACUCUCAUAAAAGGAUCCACACAGGUAAAAGACCGUAUAAAUGCACGGAGUGUGGAAAAAGCUUUCUUUGGAACACAGAACUUAUUCGUCAUAAGAGGACACAUACUGGGGAGAAACCAUAUAAAUGCAUGGAAUGUGGAAAGUGCUUUGCUCAAAAAGGAUAUCUUAAUGAUCAUGAAAGAAUCCACACAGGGAAGAGACCAUUUAAAUGCACAGAAUGUGGAAGGGACUUCCGUACAAGGCGUAGUCUGACUCACCAUCAGAGGAUCCACACAAUUGAAAAUAUAUAUAAUUGCAAGGAGUUUAAAAAGAAUUUCACUGAGAGUAGUGAUACUACUUGCCAUCAAAGGAUCAACACAGGGGACAAACCAUAUAAAUGCCUGGAGUGUGGAAAGAGCUUUAUUCACAAAUGGCGCCUUACUUUCCACCAAAGGAUGCACAAGGGGGAAAGACCAUAUAAAUGCACGGUGUGUAGAAAAAGCUUUCUUUGGAACUCACAACUUAUUUAUCAUAAGAGGAUCCAUACUGGGGAGAGACCAUAUAAAUGCAUACAAUGUGGAAAAACAUUUACUCAGAAAAGUGGUCUUAUUAUUCAUGAAAGAAUCCAUACAGGAGAGAAACCAUUUCAAUGUACAGAAUGUGGAAAGAACUUUGCUCAGAAAGGACAACUUAAUUUCCAUGAGACAAUCCAUGCAGGGGAGAAACCAUUUCAAUGUACAGAAUGUGGAAAGAGCUUUGCUCAGAAAGGAAAACUUAAUUUUCAUGAGAGAAUCCACACAGGGCAGAGAUCGUAUAAAUGCUUGGAGUGUGGAAAAAGCUUUCAUUGGAACAGCGAUCUUAUUUGUCAUGAAAGGAUCCACACUGGGGAGAGACCAUACAAGUGCAAGGAGUGUGGAAAGCAAUUUACUCGGAAAAUUUAUCUUAUUAAUCAUGAAAGAAUCCAUACAGGGGAGACACCCUAUAAAUGCGUAGAAUGUGGAAACAGCUUUGCUCAAACAGUACAACUUAAUGCUCAUAAAAGGAUCCACAGAGAAUAGACAUCAUAUAAAUGCAUGCAGCGUGCAAAAAGCUUUAACAAUCACAAGACAUUUACUCAUGAAAGAAUCCACACUUGGGAAAAUCCAUAUAUUGCAAGGAGUGUGGAUAUAAUUUUUAUUGAGAAAGAAAAUUUUAUUCAUCCUAAAAGGAUCCACUUAGGGAAGAAACCUAAAUGGACAAAGUGGAAAGGCCUCCACACAGAAGAAAUCAUGUAAAUGCAAAGAGUGUGGAAAAGCUAAACUUGGGAAGGACACCAUAAUUCCCAUAAAAUGAUGUCCACAGAAGAAACUAUAUAAAUUCAUGGAAGUAGCUUCAGAAUAAUCUUCCUCCCAAAUAUUUCAAUUCAUUUAGUGCAGCCAGGAUUUCUGUUGCCUAUUUUGACUUGCAUUUCUCUCCCCUCCCAAUGCUGUGGAAACGGAUGCAAAAAAGAAAUUACACUCUUCAGUUUCCUGCUUUUUGCCCAUCACCAUUUCACUAUCAUUUCCAACCAGAGGAUUGAUGGUUUCCUUGAUUUCUCUCAUAAUUUACCUAAGAAACUAUAUAUAAAACAGAAUCCACAUGCAUUUAUCAAAUUUAGAAAGCAUUUUGAUCUUCAGUUAUGUUAAUUCCCACAAAACGGUGGUCUUGUACUUUUCUGUCCUCUUAAGAUUUAUCUGAACAAGUCUUCUCCUUUCCCUUUGUUAUCUUCCGACCAGAAGGAGGACUGAGAGCAGCCCCAGAAAGACACCUCUUUUUGAGCAGUUGCCAAGGCAAUUGUUCCUCACUACUUGAGCUUCUGAAUACAUUUUGGAAAAGAAACUCUAUACUUUUACAGUCUUGGAACCUUGCUAAUAAAUUC